UGACACACGCAAGUAUUGUUUAUUUCUCCACUUAUUAUCGAUAUUGAAUUCGUGUCAUUCGCUCGAAACAGCUGUUUAUGUUUAACCUUGGACGCUAAACGUUUAUCUAAUAAGUUAUCAAGUGAGUAAAGUGACUUUAAUUAUGGAAUUUACUGAAAAGGUUGUAUUGAUUACCGGUGCAAGCUCCGGAAUAGGUGCAUCAGCAGCUAUACACUUGUCGAAACUAUCAGCAAAAUUGGCACUAGUUGGCCGAAAGGAAAACAAUUUAAAAAGGAUAUCUCUAUAUUGUGAAAAGGCUAAAAAUGUCAAACCUCUAGUAAUACUGGCUGAUGUCACAGAGGACGCGGACGCACAAAGAAUUAUAGAUGAAACCAUAGAGCAUUUCGGGAAACUGGACGUGCUUAUCAACAAUGCGGGAAUUAUUGAUAUGGGUGGUAUAAAGAAAACAAACAUGGAAUCAUAUGAUAAAAUUAUGUCAACCAAUAUUAGAGCUGUAUUCCAUUUAACUAUGUUGGCCGUUCCACAUCUUGUGCAGAGUAAAGGAUGCAUAAUAAAUACUUCUUGUUUAGCUAGCUCGAAACCUAGCACUAUGUCAUUGGUGUACAACAUGUCGAAAGCUGCAUUAGACCAUUUCACGAAAUGCAUUGCAUUGGAAUUGGCGCCAGAUGGCGUUAGAGUGAACUCCGUAAACCCUGGAUUUGUGAAGACAAAUUUAUUAAAGGAUAUAGGUUUAACUGAGGAGCAAUUAGAUUUGUUUGUCAAGAAUGUUGUGGGUAAUAUGCCAUUGAAGAAAGCUGUAGAGUGCAAUGAAGUGGCGGCGUUGAUUGCAUUUCUGGCGAGUGACCAGGCUACCAGCAUCACCGGGUGUAAUUAUGUCAUAGAUGGUGGCACUUCACUACGUUAAUUUUAAGGGUAUCUACUGAAAUGUAGUCUAAAUGUAAUUAUUGAUUAUAAACAAGAAUUAACUUGUAUGUUCUUUAUAAAUGACUUCUGAAUCUGUAUUUAGUGAAUUAUUAUUGAACUGUCUAGUCAUCAGAAUGCGACACAAAAAAAUAUUGUAAGGAGAUUUAUGUAGAAUUUUAUUUUUUAGGGUUUGUAACUUAUUUCGCGCCAACUAAGUAUUAAUAGC